AGGACGACAUCAGCUGCUGGAGUGGGUUUGGCGUUCAACACCAAUUGAGAAGACCCGCUAUCCGAGUUUCGACGGACAGAAGCUCCCACAAACCAACUUCACAACUAUGGGUUGGGAAGGACAAUUUGAGCCGAAUGGCACCGAGGGCAAGAACUUCUACAUCCCCAUGUCCAACAGGACUGGGAUUGUUAGAAGUCCCUUUGAAUACCAGCAGUAUUACAUGGUGGAUCCCAUUUGGUACAGGCUUCUGGCUUGUUACAUGUUCUUCCUGAUCUGCACCGGGACCCCUAUCAACGGGCUGACAUUGUUGGUCACGGCUCAGAACAAGAAACUUCGGCAACCUCUCAAUUACAUCUUGGUCAACUUGGCUGUGGCUGGUCUCAUCAUGUGCGCCUUCGGGUUCACCAUCACAAUCACAUCCGCUGUCAAUGGCUACUUCAUUCUGGGACCCACCGCCUGUGCAGUCGAGGGAUUCAUGGCCACGCUCGGCGGUGAAGUCGCUCUCUGGUCUCUGGUUGUAUUGGCUGUGGAGAGAUACAUUGUCGUCUGCAAACCUAUGGGAAGCUUCAAGUUCACUGGGACCCACGCUGCAGCUGGAGUUUUCUUCACCUGGGUCAUGGCUUUUGCAUGCGCCGCACCCCCGCUGGCUGGCUGGUCCAGAUAUCUCCCUGAGGGCAUGCAGUGCUCCUGCGGACCCGACUACUACACUUUGGCCCCAGGCUACAACAAUGAAUCCUAUGUCAUCUACAUGUUUGUGGUCCAUUUCUUCAUUCCCGUCUUCCUUAUUUUCUUCACUUACGGCAGCCUCGUGCUUACAGUCAAAGCUGCUGCAGCCCAGCAGCAGGACUCUGCCUCCACCCAAAAAGCUGAGAAAGAAGUGACACGUAUGUGCGUCCUGAUGGUCUUUGGCUUCCUGAUCGCUUGGACCCCAUAUGCCACCUUCGCCGGAUGGAUCUUCAUGAACAAGGGAGCUUAUUUCUCUGCCCUGACAGCUGCUCUCCCCGCCUUCUUUGCAAAGAGCUCGGCCCUUUACAACCCUGUCAUCUAUGUGCUGAUGAACAAACAGUUCCGUAACUGCAUGCUGAGCACUAUUGGAAUGGGCGGCAUGGUGGAGGAUGAGAGUUCAGUCUCAACCAGCAAGACAGAAGUGUCUUCUGUGUCUUAAAUAUGAUGACACCUCAAAACCCAUGGACAUUUUCCUUAUUGAUUGUAUCCAGAUUUUGAAACGCUCCCAUAAAAAAAAACAACAACAACAACUUGGAUUUUGCCAAAUGGAAUUACGGAAAAUAAAUGGACUCUGGAUGAAACACACUAACGAAUAUCAACUCACCUGUCAAUAUGUAAAUACAAAAAAACAGUGCAAGAGCGAUACCAGAGUGCUGCAGAAGUUGUGCUUUGUGUUGUCCGUGCGUGUGCGUGCAUCAGUGUGUGCGAAUGAACUGUGACUCGCUAAACAGAGUGUGAGGGCACUCAAAAAUGCUUGACUAUCAAGUUCGAAGCUGCUGCACCACGACCACACUUGCAAACCUAUUUUCAUGUAAUUAUGUUUCACUGGGCUUCCAGUGUGGUUGUUUUUAUGUAUUUCACAAAAAGACGACAAAAAAACAUAGGAUGGAGUAAAUAAAUGCAUGCAUGAAAAGA